AUGGGCGACUAUGGCCCCGCCGUCUCUCCCACUCAAUCCACCCAUGUGGACCAGCACUCUGAACCAGCUUCCAACGAGAUCUCCGUCCUGAUCACAGGGUUUGGCCCCUUCAAAACCAAUCUUGUCAAUGCCUCUGGCUUGAUCGCCAGAUCCCUGCCGUCCUCAUUGACCAUCCCUUCCUCCAAAGCUAAAGGAUGCCCCGCUGCCGACCGACAAGUCACCCUUCAUGUCCACCCCUCCCCCAUCCCAGUGGCCUAUUCGUCCGUGCGUGAGACUGUCCCCGCAAUAAUAGACGAUUACGCAGCAGCCAAUCAGGGUCGCCGCCCGGACUUGAUCAUUCACAUAGGCAUCGCGACUCCGAGACCCUAUUACUCCGUGGAAUCCCUCGCCCACCGCGAUGAUUACAAUAUCACGGAUAUCGAAGGUCGCUCUGGUUACGAGGAGGGCGAGAAACGGUGGAAACAGCAAGGAUUGCCGGCUUUAUUAAGCCCCGGUAGGGCCAUCCCAAUCAUAGAAAGAUCGGAUGAUAAACACAAUCUCACAGAACACCGAGGUGGCCCGUAUCCGCCAAAUGACCAUUUUCUGCAAACGUGGAAAGCAAAUGCGUCGGCGGGCUUGGAUAUUCGCAUCUCUCAUGACGCGGGCCAUUAUCUCUGUGACUUCAUCUUCUACACUAGCUUAGCCUUGGCGAUGCAGCAGGGCCAAGAUCGCAAUGUCUUGUUUUUGCAUGUUCCCGGGGCGGCGGAGGAUGUCGAUAUCAAGCGUGGACGAGAAAUUACCUUGGCCUUGAUUAAGACCAUGGUGACCUGUUGGAUCGAUGAAGUUCAUCCUGCAUGA